AUGGACUACAUGCCUGGCAAGCGACUUGACGAAGCAUGGGAUACUUUAGACUCCGAUCAGAAGCUCUCCAUCGCCUCCGAGCUUCACGACUACAUAAAUCAACUUCGCGACUUGAACGGUGGCUAUAUCGGAGCUAUUGAUCGUAGCAAAGCGGUAAUUGGGCAGUUCGCAUCAAUUGAAGGUGGUCCGUUUGAUUCCGAGCAGCAUCAACUCCCGAUAUACUGCGACAUUAUGCCAAAUUUGCGCUUAUGGAGGACCAUGAGAUUUUUUACUCACGCCAAUUUCUGCCCGCGUAAUAUCCUUGUCGAAGGAGGCCGGGUCACAGCUAUCCUUGACUGGGAAUAUGCUGGCUGGUAUCCGGAACACUGGGAAUAUAUCCAGGCGCUUCGGCAACUGAAGCCGAUGCCGGACUGGCUGGAUUAUCUGUCACGUAUUCUUCAAUCCCGGUUCGAGAGAGAAUACAUAGGCAUGUCCUUCCUAGCUCGUCUCUUACACCAUUACCGGAUAUAA